AGGUAUGCACAAUUAUAGUACAUAGGUCCCGGUGUAGGUAACGCCCAUUUCCCAGCCGCCCCACAGAUAGCCGUCCUUCGGUUUAUGCAAUUUUCUCCGAAUGUCACUAACCAAAUUAAAGAUUCUGCCGCUUUUUCAUCUUUUGACCGUCUUUUUUUGUCCGUUGAAUCGCUAGUGAAGUGAAUCGAUUGCGGACAAUCCAUCCAUUCAACAUUCAACAUCCAAAAAAACACAUUAAACCCAUCUCGAUUCUUCUUCCAUCAUCACCACCUCCCUAUCAACCAACCCGCCAAAUCCAAGAACCCCAAACAAACAAACAAAGAAACAAAAAAAAUGUCGGCGCGCGAAGCCUACCAAAUCCCCUCGUCCGCCACCGCGGGCCCUUCCGGCGCCGCAGCCUCAGGCGGCACCGCGGCCCGGAGCAGCGCGUUCGACGUGGACGGCGGCGGCGCGAGCAUCCACUACAUCUGCGGCGACUGCGGCACCAAGUUCCCGCUGAAGCGCAACGACCCCAUCCGCUGCAAGGAGUGCGGGUGCCGCGUGCUGUACAAGGAGCGCACCAAGAGAAUGGUGCAGUUCGAGGCGCGGUAGCGAAUCGCGCAGAACAACGGGACGAAAAAAUAGAAUGCGACGAGAAUUAGAUUCGAUACAAUACGAUACGUACGAUACGAUACGCUUCCAUCCUUAAUAGCGAGCUCUGGUUA